GAUGCAAAGCCCAGCAGCAGGCAGAGAAACAAAAAAAAGGAAAACCAAAGACAUUAUGAUUUUGUGAUCACACAUGUAGAUAUCACACAUAUUGAACAGAAAAUGGCAAAAAAUUCGUUCUUUGAAAUGAAAGUUUAAGCAAAGUUUUGAACUUGAAUGGCAGCAUUCACUUUCCUGCUGGGCUAGCUUAGGAAGAAGAGGGAGGCUAGUAGGAGCAAACAUCAUCCAGAUGGGAUGGGACCCAAGAAAAGCACAAUAAUUUAUUACAAAGCCAUGGUGGGAACAUGGGCUGUGAUCCCAAAUGCCCAGACUUGACUGUGACACUAGUUUAUUCGCCCUUUCUGUUUUCUUUAUUUCUUUUUUUUACCUUGUUUUCAGAAAUGUUAUGCAAGUCAGAGAGAGAUUGCUUAGCAUCACCAACCCCAGAUUCCAAGGGCAGAUCAAGGAAAAUAAAAUUAAAAUUAAGGUCUCAGCCAAGGGAGGAACUUGAGAAGAAGCCUACCUCUCUGGACCCAUGACCUAGUUGGUUGCUUUGGUGGUUCCUUCAUGAUGAUUUUGAACUGUUAGUGAUAUUCUUGUUUGCCUGCUCUCAUCAUUUGCAAGAGAUGCUACUGCCCAGUUGCAGCUCGCUUGGACCUUUCACUGUCCACUCUCUUAUGAGUAAUGGUGACAAACAACCAGGAAUCUAGUGCUUUUGCUUCCUAUAGCAGUCAUCCCUCAUGUCAUGACUCAUUUCCACUGCUGAAGAGGAAAAGGAGGAUAAAAGUCGGUGAGGGGAGAAGCAUGUGGGGUUUCUGUUAGUAGCAGACACGAGUAACAUGACCAUACCUUUUUGGAAUCUGUAGUCACAUAACGUAUACAGUACAAGUUGAAUGCUUCAGGGUCUCCAUUGAAGCUCUGCUCCUUCCGAGCUACAAUUUUACUCUGCAAGAAGCUCUGGUGACUGGUCUCUGGUUUUGAGCUGCAAAAUUUUCCCAAUCAAAUUCUAAAGGAGAGGAAGAAAACUUCUGACGUCUGAGUAAUGGAAGAAAAAGUGGUCUCCAAUUCAUAUGCAUUUGUCUCUGAAGAGAAGAGUGAUAGUUUGUAUCCUAUGUAUUUUGGUGUUUCUUGUGCUUUCUUUGCUCUACGGCUCCUGUCAAUACCUGAUAUGCAAGAUGAGAGGUUGUCUGAAGUACGCGAGAAAAUGCUUCGAGGAAGUGCGCAACUGUUGGGAUUGCUUGUAUGGAGAGUUCAGAAAGACGGAAGAAGUGCGCAAUAUUAUGAACUUCUCCAUAAGCUUGAGACUGCUGAAAUAGAAAUUGGAGGGUUGAAGAGACUGAGGCAUGAAGAUGCAAAAGCCAAUGAGAAAGUUGUGAGCAUCUUUGCUGCACAGGAGCAAUGCUGGUUAAAUGAAAGGAAGAAAUUGCGGCAGCAUAUUGGGGCUCUAAUAAAUGCAUUUAAGGUUCGUGAGAAAAAGGAGGAUGAAACAAUUUCUGACAUGAAUGAUAAAAUGAAGGAUAUGGAGCUUUUGGUGCAAUCUAAGGACAAGGCAUUUGGGGAACUGGAGCAGAAGUUGAAAGAAACAGAAGAGAAGCUAACAAAGGCUGAAAGUGUUGCAGAAGAAUUGAGAGAAAAUGCUCAGCGUGCAGCCCAAGAGCAUUCUUCUGAGCUUUUGAAGCACAAAACUGCAUUUUUUGAGCUUGUGUCAAACCAACGGCGGCUUGAUGCUGAUAUGGGUCGAGCACUUAGGCAAGUUGAAGCUUCUAAGCGGGAGAUAAAUGUAGUCUUGGAUCAAAAGGAGGAGUCAGUUGUGAUGGUUCAAAAACUAUCUGCGGAGAUUGUAAAGAUGCAUAAGGAUUUGGAACAGAAAGACAAGAUUUUGUCAGCAAUGCUUAGAAAAUCCAAGUUAGAUACAACAGAGAAGCACAUGCUUCUAAAGGAGAUUAAAUUAUCAAAGGCGAAGAGGAAGCAAGCUGAGCUUGAAACAGAACGAUGGAAGGUAGUCUCUGAGUCUAGACAUGAGAAGCAUUCAUUGAGAAGUAUGUUGGAAAAAGCAAAUUCUAGGUUUGAGAUUGCUAUAAAUGAAAGAGGGGCGAAUUCUAGUGCAACAGGUGCAUCCCAUUUACACAUUGUAAAGACCAUACCACAGCCAGCUGAUGCUCUUCUUGGGUAUGAACAUUCUGAGAUUAGAAAUGAAUCUGAUGGAUACUCGUUUGAGGCAAAGAAGGACCUGGCUGAUAUUAAGCAGUUGGAAGGUUGGGUUCGCUCAGAAGCAGAGAGGUAUGCAGCUGUAAUUGAGCAAAGGCAUCACCUAGAAAUGGAUGCUUUUGUAGAGCAAUUAAGACUCAAAGAUGAGAAAUUACAAACUUAUCGAUGGCGCUUGCUGAGCAUGGAAUUAGAAUCAAAGCGGCUAGAGUCCCAUGUCGAGGGACUGAACAAAGAUAUGGCACAUCUCAGACAUAAUAAAAUGAAAUUGGAAGCCUUGCUAUUGGAACGGGAAGAAGAAUUAACUUCCCUGAAAGAGCAGAACACAAAGAGAACUUUGAUGGAACAAUCUCAAGAGCAAGACAUUAAGGAAGAAGAGGAAACCCCAUCUUCUAGCCAGUGUAAAGCUGUAAUUUUGAAGAUACAAUCUCCUGACGAAGAGUUUGAAGUAGAUAAGGAUGUUGCCUAUGAAGGAACAAAUCAAGAGGGAAGUGAAAGUUCAGUGGCAGUUAAUGGCACUGAAAAGUUGGCAUCACCAACGCAUGCCUCAAGUACAAAUAAUUCUCUGUGGAGGAUGGAUCUUCAAGCUCUUGGAGUUUCUUACAAGAUCAAGAGGCUGAAGCAACAACUUCUUAUGCUAGAAAGAUUUACAGGAAAGCACGAAGGUGCUGAAGAUCAUACAGAAAGCAAUGAUGAUGGGCAAAGUGGGAUUAAAGGUUUUCUUUUGCUAAUGUCCCUGCUGAAUAAACAAGUCGGCCGGUACCAGUCUUUCCAAGGGAAGGUUGAUGACCUCUGCCACAGGAUGCAUGACAAUGGUUUAGAUCAAAAUGGUAGACGUGGAGAUUCUGAUACUGCAAGAACAAAAGACAAGACUAAAACACUAGAGCACUUUCUUGACGAAACAUUUCAGCUGCAGAGAUAUAUGGUUGCAACAGGCCAGAAACUAAUGGAAAUUCAACCCAAGAUUGCUUCUGGACUUGUUGGUGUUGCUGAAGAGCUAGAAACAUGUGCCAGCUUUGACAUGAAUCGCUUCACCGACUUUAUUAGAACACUCUUCCAGGAAGUUCAAAGAGGUCUAGAGGUUCGGAUAGCUCGAAUUAUUGGAGACCUUGAGGGGACCUUGGCUUGUGAUGGGAUGAUACAGUUGAGGAGGUUAUGAUGAAAAACCAUAAGAUGAGGUUCAAUUAAUAACGGUAGUUUCGACUGAUUUAUAUACUCAGAUAUGUAUAGGGCUGGCUAUAGGCAAAUAACGUAUAUAAUUUUAAUGCAGAAGAAAUGCCAUGAGUUCAACUUUUA